CUCGUGCGCGUGGACGAACGCCGCGCGGUGCAGUGGACGAUCCUCAUCACCGGGCCCGAGGACACGCCGUACGACUGCGGCGCGUUUCUCUUCGACGCGUUCUUCCCGUCGUCGUACCCGACCUCCGCGCCGCUGGUGAAGUUCCGAACCACCGGCGGCGGCCGCGUGCGGUUCAACCCGAAUCUCUACAAGGACGGCAAAGUCUGCCUCUCGCUCCUGGGGACGUGGUCCGGCGCGAAGGGCGAGACGUGGGACGCCGCGAGCAGCACGAUGCUCCAAGUCAUCGUGUCGAUACAGUCCUUGAUCCUGUGCGCGCAGCCGUACUUCAACGAGCCGGGGUACGAGCGCACGAUCGGCACGCCGGAGGGCGACCGGCAGUCGAGUCAGUACAACGCGGCGAUUCGCGAGCACGCGUUACGAUGCGCGAUGAUCGAUCAGCUGAAAAAGCCGCCCGCGCCGUUCGCGGAGGCGAUACGCGCGCACUUC